AUGUACACCAAAAUUAUUACUCUAAUCGUUCUCUUUAAAUCAGUUAACUGCAAUUUCUUGGAAGCAGAAGUGAAUUACCAAAAACCGAGAUUAGAGAGAAAUAACAUUGUAAACAAAGGUGUUUGGGUUCGGAAUAGAUUAAAAGAAAAUUUGUUCGAUAAAGGCAGGAUUGGAGAUUUUAUAUUUCGCGAGAAUUCGCUAGAUGUGGACAAUAUAUUGCAAAAUAAUUUCGAUGCGUUCGGCGCGAAUUAUAUGCAGGAUUCUCCACUUGUUUCUGAAUACGUUAAAAGGGCCAAAAGGGCGAUUCGCCGCAUACGAGAACAGCGUACUAGAAAGAGUUUGAUAAAAAACUGCAUCGGCAAAGGUUGCCAAAGCGUAACCCUUGAGGAACACCACGAACCAGCUCCCGAACCAAUUAAACCAACCAGCGAACAGCGACCCACCUCAGUAUUCAACGAUUAUCCAUACGAAGUCGCCAUCCUACUAAACAAUAACAAAAAUGAGUCACACACACAUAAAAACGACACACACAUCGAAAACAAAAUCGAUAGAAGCAACUAUACUUUAACUAGAGAAAGAUUCCAUGAGCCAGAACGUUUUGCUAUUGGCUCAGACAUAAAAGACAAUGACACUAUUACUAAAAAUACUACAUCUCCAAAAAGAAGCAUGAAAUAUGAUUUUGAAACUGAGAUAAUUAAAAAAUUUGAAUUCACAGAAGACAUUAAUAAGACUCAUGAUAAUAAUGUACGUAAUGACAGCAAAGUCAUGGAUAGGAAUAUAUUUGAUAAAGAUAAUACGGUGUGGCAUCAGAACGCUCCUAUACCUGAUGUAAAUGUUUACAAAGUUGUGCCUAAAGAACCACAGAAAAGCAAGCCAGUGACUGAAAGAGGUCUUAUAAAAGUAAUAUCAAUGUUGACGAAGACGUUUAAGAAGAUUAUGAAGCAACACAACGAAAUAAAAGACAUACAUGGACGAAUAAGCGAUGUGAAUGACGAAUUUGUCAAAAACGCAGCUGUGAUCACGAACAAAUUUCAAGAUUUCGAUCUUAAAUACUUGUAUUUAAUAAAGUUUCAUGAGAAACUGAAACUUUUUGAUGCCAAAUUGGCAACCAAGCAGGAUUACUUCAAAAAUAAAGAACGAGAAAUGGCGAGGAAUUUCAAAGAAUUUGAAAACCAGCAGAAGAAGUUUCUACAACAGCAGAGACAGUUUUAUAACAUACAGAAAUUGAUGUUAGCGCAGAACGAGAAGAUAAACUUGAAGCAAAAUCUAAUAGCAAAAACACAAAGCGAAAUAUCGCACAGACAGAACAAUUUCGCUAGAAUACUGAAGAAGGCAAAACAGCUCUACGUAGAAAGUAGGAACCCUAUAAUAACGAAACUAAGUUCAAGUAUAGUGAAGGCUAAUCACUUGCCCAUGAAAACUGAACCAAUGUCUCCCGUCACUAGUACAUCAACCCCACCACCAGAAUCAGUAAAAAUAAACCUAUUUUCAAUCCCAGUUUCAAACAAAAUUGAAAACCAAGACGAUUUGAUACUUAAAGAAAAAGAUGAACAAACAAUAGAUGAUUUAGUCUACAAAUACUAUUUUAAUAACACGUUCAUUGAUAAUUUAAUGAAGAAUAAUGUUCUAACAAGUGUUAUGGGUAAUUCUGAAAGUACAGGACAUCCUCGGAACGUUAAAAAUAAACGUAAUGAACUAGAAACUACAAUAUUACUGCCUGUUUUUGAAUCCAAUGAUUCUCAAGCAUUUGUUACUAAAGAGAGAGAAAGGAGAUGGAUUAACCAUCAUUCUAGACAUAAGAAUAGGAGGAGGGAUCGUGGCAAGACAACUAUAGCAACUAUAGUUAAUGCUACAGAUACUAAGCUUAUUCGAAAAAAGGUUUUGAAAAAUGUACUGGUGUUAGAAACAACGAAAGCGCCAAAGGAAUCAAAGGAAGCGAAAGAUACUAAAAUGUUUAACGAUCCUUUCUCAACAAUGGCGACGAAUUUCUGCAAUGAAAUUCAUCAAAAUUUGAAUCCGCAGAUGUUGAGGUGGUGCGUGGAAAAGGCUUUGAGGCGGCUGCAGUUUCUUGAUAUGAAAACGCUACCAGCUUCAAUGGCCUCGCCCACAACGCCAGCCCCAAAACCGGUUAAUGUGCCAUCGAAUACCAAACUCAACCGAUUGUUCACUAUUUACCCUAAGAAAGUAACUUCAACGCCAAAGUUAACUCCACUUACUAAGGUUAAUAGUACCUCUGCUGUUAGUACUGUAGCUGUUACUAAAACAACUGCUCCACCGAUUACACAAUCUUCAACGACAGAUGGGACCACAAUGAUUUCUUCCACAACUGACGAUACUUCCAUAACUGAAGCAGAUAUAGCGGCAUUCUUUCCAGACAACGAGGAAUUAGAAUCGAAUUUGAAACAAUUUGAUAUUAAACCGGAUAACGAAGGAAAUGUCUAUUACGAAGGCAGUGUCCACGCCAGUGAAAUAGUUGACAGUGAGAGUCAAGGCAUGGAUGAUAUAAUGCCAGGUCUUGAGAGCAACUCGAAGGUCGAAAUGGAUCCCCUAGCUUUUGAUAUCCAAGCUCAGAGACGGGCGUUUGUCAGAAAAAUAAAUAUAAAUAUUUUACGAGGGUUACAAAUUCGCACGAAACUAGGGAAAUAG